AUGUAAUCACCUCUCCAUUUUCCCACCCCCACAAUAUUUUCUCUCACUUCUUUUCCCUUCACUUUCUCUCGUUUUCUCUCCAUCCAAACAGAAAUCAUUCCCACCACCAUGGACGAUGACCCCUCUGCUUCAUACAUCCACAUGGUGCACCACCUGAUCGAAAAGUGUAUAAUUUUCAACAUGACUAAAGAAGAGUGCUUGGAAGCUCUCUCCAAACAUGCAAACAUCGAACCGGUCAUCACUUCCACCGUGUGGAAUGAAUUGGAGAAGGAGAACAAGGAAUUCUUCGAAGCGUAUAAGAAGAAACGACGUGACGUUACUACGAAGGAGGGGAAUUCGUCCGACACGACGGAUUUCAAUCUGCUGGGUUCGAGGGAUACGACGUCGUCUCUGAGGCGGUAGGUGAAUAGACAGGCGGCGGUGUCGUAGGCUAGGUGGGAAUUAAUAAAAUAAAGAAAAGAAAAGAAACGUAGUGACGGCGGCGAUGCGAUGUACAACGUCGUUUUUAGGGAUGGUAGUGUAGGUGGAAUGGAACAGCGGGAACGGCGGCGUAGGGAGGGGCCGCGAUGGGGUAGUUGAGAGGGGGUGUGAAGAUAUUUUGGGAUACUAUGGCUGACACGUGUGGACACGUGGCUACACGUGGCAUCGUGCUCUUAACUUUUUAAAAUAUGUAUCGCUGUCGUUUGCUGAUUGGGAUUGUCGGGAGAUGUAGGGAUUUAAGUGGAAUUUCUCUUCUUUUUUUUUUU